CCUUUGACCAGAAAAACAAUUCAGCAAUGCCUUUCUAUGUUCUUAGUACCCUUUGACUCUGGGUUGACCACAUUUUCCCCUUCUUGUCCCUGAUUUAAUAAAUCGAAAUUCAAUUAAAAAGAAGAAAAAAAAACAUGUGGCCCCCACCAAUACACUCCACACUCCCUCUCCCAUUCAUUCCUCAUCUUCUUCGUCGGGACAGUCCUCCCCAAAUUCUCCCCCAAAAGAAGAGCUUAGAAACUCGACAAAGAGCUCCUCCAUCAACGCAACCAGUCCGGCAUUGAGGGACAAUGAAUAAUAAUCGUCGAAAAAUCAUAUUUUUUUAUUAUGGGGGAUACUAUGUUAGAAGGGGAAAUGAACCAAGAUGGAAAUCAAGAGAACAAGUUCAUCAAUCUCUUAGAAUGGAAACAUCUAUUGAGGAGGUUACUUAUUCUGCAUUAGUGAACAAAAUAUGCAGAAAAGCGAAGAUCAAUUCCAAGUUUUGCAUGUGGAAGUCAUAAACGAGGGAAAUCAGGGACAAGAGCAACCGUGUGGUAGAGAAGAUCGAGGGAGUGUAGGUUGUGCAAGUAAUGAGGAGCUGAUUUCAAGUAGUAGAGAGACAGAUGAGAACAUGACUCUUGAUGAAAGGGAGUCAUCUCAACGUGAUGAGGUGGUGGAAAAUAGGCAAGCGAGAGAUGACAAUAUUAUUCUUUAUGAAGAAAGAUCCAAAGAACGAGCAGUGGUACAUAACAGUGAUGUGUGUGAAGGUGCUGAAGCUACACCUGUUGUAAAGCGUGAAUGGGAAGAUGGUAUGAAUUUGACCAUACGUCAAGAAUUUGAAAACAAGCAAGCAGUUAAAGAUUUAGUUGACAAAACUGCACAUAAGAACUGUUUUGAGUUUAUUAUAGUCCCUAAUAGCCUCACCAUCUGUGCGAUAUAACACUUCGCAGAAAUCUUAAAUGGUUUUGUAUACUCCUCGGGACCGAAGUACAUAUUUAGAGGUUGCAUAGCUUCGAUUUCUUCUUCGGGUUCCUGUAAAAUAGAUCAACAUACACUAAGUUAUACUAAGUUGUACUUUCUGUUUUAGGAAAUUUAAAUCAAGAUACACUAAGUCA